UCUGGCAGAAAACAGAACAUAUUUCAUUUCAAAGACAGUCUUCAAUAUGUUCAAAAAUGAAUAUCAGGGAGGCGCGCAUGUUGAAAUUUUCAGCGCCCAAGGAAAAGAUCCCACCGGAAAAUGGAAACUCUCGGGCAGCCAAUCCGCAAUAUGGAAAGACUUUGAUAAGGAAGUCAAGAGUUUCGUCUUCGUCCUUGAAGGAAGCGGCCAAACUAACAAGAUGCAGCUGCCCAAAGAAAAUAAGCAAACCCUUGGGCUCAUCCAGCGGUACCUGGUGCUCCAGCUGUAUAUUCCGCUAGGACAGGACUUCUCGGCAGAAUUACUGAUAACAGAUCUGGCGAAUAUAAAAAGAAGAUUGUAUUUAUCUACAGUCCAUAAAGAGCUGUCAGCGACUCCGCUGCACGCUAAAAUACCUCUGACGACCGUCAGGCGCAAAAUCUGGUGCAAUCUGUGCGUUGACCUUGCAGCGCUCACGAGCGGGAUAUUUAAAGAGGCCGUUUUCCAGUCCCUGGAUGGGAUCGUUAUUUCAGCAAACUGCAAGCUGAGGAAGAUCUACACCAUGAAGCUGCGGCCCCGCGACGCGCUCCAGGACCUUGAUACAUACAGGCCGACGCUCUCUGGCGAUGACCCGACGGACAGCAUCCCUCGCAGCGUCCAGAUCUCGGCAGACGUAAGUCAGGUCACCCAAGUUCUAGAUCUGGAAAAGCUGCGGCAGUGUGAGGCCAAGCCAGAAGCAAAGCUCCCGACCGCGGCUGAAGCAGAUCAGCUUUCAAACAGGGGACCAGGAAGCGCCAGUAGGAGCAAAACCCAAGACAGAACACACAUUGCGUUUGGGUCGAAAGUAGCAGGUCCUCCACCGGCCAGCAGCAGGAGGACAACCUCAAGGUCAUCGGCCGAGCUAUCAAGGUCGACGCGCAGGCACGACCGAUCCCUGCAGCAGCUGUCCCAAGAAAAAGCCCCCGGAUCAGAAAACGGAAGGAAAUUAACGCAUUCCCCCGAUCAAAGAAACAAAGAAAACGUUCCGCAGAGAUCUAGAAAGGAUCCCUCUCUGUAUGGAACAGAACGCCGACCGCAGCCCCCAGGAGAGCCCCCGGCUGACAAGAAGAUCGCAAAAGGGACCUUUUCAGAGAAUGCCGACAGCAGACUGACGGGAUCCGGUGUCGGCAGCUCUUCUUGGGGACGCUGUAGGGCUGCAGAUAAGGGUCCCGUUCCGCCCCACGUGCCGUCCGGCGAAGGAACAAACAAAACGGCGCCAUUAACUAAGUCCAGCGAGCGGCAAGAACACGCAAACCGUCCAGAUGAGCGGGAAUUCCGUUUCCAGGACGAUUCAGCCGAAUUCUCAGACGGAGUCCUUAACGAAGUACCUGAACGCUUAGCAGAUCGCACCCAAGACACGGAGGACUUUUUCCCCCACAGCCCCCUGCCUCGCUCGGCCCCUCGCGGAAAGUUCCGCUACCAUUCGGCCGGAGAGAGCUCGUUGUUAGCCGAGGAUUUUGAGCGGGAUGGGCGGGGGGCCGGAAUGGACGAAGACUUUUACGGAAGCGACGGCAGCAUAGAGGAAUGCGAAACGUUCCAGAAGACUUCCAGCCCCAAAUUAGACUGUGGGUCUUCAGCUGAUAUUUCUUUGGCAAGCACACAUAGUGACCCUGAAUUUACCGCGACCACAGAGACCUCCGGGGCCCAGCCUGAGGACAGCACUUCGUCCUCCACCCGCUCGGCGAACGUAAAUGCCCCAGACCUCGACACCUUUCAGAAGACUCUGAUGCCCACUCGGAGUUUGUCACCAGACGGAAGCAGAUCCGAAAUGUCUAAACCAAUUCCAACGACUUCUAGAAACAAACCGGCGUUAUCGGUUAACAGACUAAAAACCUCCAUGAGCAAGAAAUCCCUGCGAGAGAUCCCACCGGGGGACGGAGACGCCGCAGGAGACACAUCAGGUUAUGAAUGGACAAACUAUCAGACCACUCAGCUGAGCGCCUCCGAAAUGCAGAUGUUGGCCAGUCUUAAGAGGCAACAUAAUGAAGAUCUUGAGGACGAAGGAGGGAGUCAUGGGCUGAGUCAAUCCCAAAUCGACCACUGCAACGUGGACAUGAGCACAAGCAGCGACGACACGGCCACGUGGAACUCCUGCCAGCCCCCGCCAGUCAAUCAAGGAUGUCAUUACGAGAAUGAAAUGAACCCUCUAAAUCACUCCAACCCACGUGACUGGCUAAACGCCUCCAGCCCACCCAUCGUUCCUACAAGACCAAGCCAAGACAGAGCCUUACUCUGGAGCAAACAGCCGAGCUCUCAUUCCUGUAACGAAGCUGAUGAUGGAUUUGGUCCCGAGGAAGAGGAAGAAAUCUUAACCCUGUUGUAUGAUCCAUGUCUGAACUGCUAUUUCGACCCUGAAACCGGGAAAUAUUACGAGCUGGCGUAACGAUGGAACGGGGAAAAGCUUUUCUCCGACUGACCGCGGCCGUUGAUGACAAUAACGCAUUUCUGUCGCCUAUACAUUUUUUGUAAAUUGUUGGGUUUUUUUUAAAUAUAUUUGUUUAUUUACA